UGCCCCACCUCCCUACCUCCGCCUCCCAACUCUACUCUCUGAAUCUAUAUAAUCUUUCUCCCUCAAUCUCAACAGCUCCCCGAUUGUCAUCGCCUUCUUCUUCACUUCCUGAUUCCAUGCCCAUGCCGUGUCUGCUUGACGUCACCGACACAUAAUAAUCCGGAACAAAUCUCCCCCCUUCUCCUAAUUUCCCUCAUCGACCCGUUUGCGCGUCUUCCCCCAAAAAAGACAAUAAAACAAAAGCCCAAGAAGAAACAGGGAGGGUGGAGAUUAGAAAUAGGGAGAAGAGCGGUGGAGGAGGCGAGAGGAGCCAGAGCUAUGAAAGCUGGAGGAGGAACGAAGGAUGGCUCUGAUGGAUUCCACCCAAUGACCCCCACCGCCACCAAUAAGUCCCCCUUCGUAUGGGGCAUCCUCGCCACCAGCGGCAAGCCUUCCACCCGUCCCAUGUUCGUCCCCCGCUUCAUGAUCUGCCUCCUCGUCCUCAUCUCCUCCAUCUACUUCGUCUACACCAUCAACCUCCUCCUCUCCUCUUCCCUUUCUCACCGCCAACUCCCCUGCUCCACCACCUCCUCCUCCUCCGCCAUCGCCGACCCGGUCCGCCACCUUUCCUCCUCUAAUAUCUCCGUCCGUCCUCCCACCGCGGUCACCACGGCCACCACGGCCGCGGCGGCCACGGGGCUCCGGCACAUUGUGUUCGGGAUCGCGGCAUCCGCGAGCCUCUGGGACCAGCGCAAGGAGUACAUCAAGCUCUGGUGGCGCCCCCGCCAGAUGCGGGGCUUCGUCUGGCUCGACAUGCCGGUGAAGGAGUUCGACAACUCCGCCGCCGCCAGGCUCCCUGCCCUCAAGCUCUCCGGCGACACCGCCCGCUUCCCCUACACCCGCCGAAAGGGUAGCCGCUCCGCCCUCCGCAUCUCCCGCAUCGUCUCCGAGACCUUCCGCCUCGGUCUCGAGAAUGUUCGGUGGUUCGUCAUGGGCGACGACGAUACCGUCUUCGUCCCCGACAACCUCGUCCGCGUCCUCUCCCAGUUCGACUACCGCCAGCCCUACUACAUCGGCUCCGUCUCCGAGAGUCACCUCCAGAACAUCUACUUCUCUUACGCCAUGGCCUACGGCGGCGGUGGGUUCGCCAUCAGCCGCCCCCUGGCGGCCGCCCUCUCUCGCAUGCAGGACCGCUGCCUCCACCGCUAUCCGGCCCUCUACGGCAGCGACGACCGCAUCCAGGCCUGCAUGGCCGAGCUCGGCGUUCCCCUCACCCGCCACCCGGGCUUCCACCAGUACGACGUCUACGGCGACCUCCUCGGCCUCCUCGCGGCCCACCCCGUGGCCCCGCUCGUCUCCCUUCACCACCUUGACGUUGUCCAGCCCGUCUUCCCCGGCGCCCCCUCCCGCGCCGCUGCGCUCCGCCGCCUCUUCGACGGGCCCAUCCGGCUCGACUCCGCGGCCAUCUUCCAGCAGUCCAUCUGCUACGACUCGGACCACCUCUGGACGGUCUCCGUCUCGUGGGGCUUCGUCGUGCAGCUGGUGCGGGGGGUGAUGUCGCCCCGGGAAAUGGAGAUGCCCACGCGGACCUUCCUCAACUGGUACCGCCGCGCCGACUACACGGCCUACCCCUUCAACACCCGGCCCGUGGCCCGCAAUCCCUGUCAGAGGCCUUUCGUCUACUACCUCUCCUCCGCCCGCUACGACGCCGCCCGCCGCACCACCGUCACCGUGUACGAGCGCCACCGCGAGGUCCACCCGGCGUGCCGAUGGAAGAUGGACGACCCCUCCGCCUUCGUCGACCGCAUCGUCCUCUCCAAGAAACCCGACCCCUCGCUCUGGGACAGGUCGCCGAGGAGGAAUUGCUGCAGGGUGGUGUCAUCGCCGAGAGACGGAAAAAAGGGAAAUAAGACGAUGACAAUUGAUGUGGGCGUUUGCCGGGAAGGCGAGAUUAGUGAGAUCUAGGUAGCUCCCAUUUCUUUGUCCCACUCUCACUCCUUAGCUCCUGUUGUUCUUUGUUUUGUUUCGGGUACAUAUAAUUGUUAGAAUCUUGCAACUUUCUUUGUGAUUCUUGGCCUGGGAAUUGGGAUGGGGGAGGAGGCAAUGGGCACUUAGAUCACGACGGCGACUCGGCUCAGACCUCUAAAAGCAAACGAGAUGAAAAAGGAGAGAGAGGCAGAGAGAUUCGCCAUGUAUAUUUUCGUUUUUUAGCCGUAGUGUUCAACUUGCUAUUUAUUACUUUAUCUGCAUUCCAUAUUUCAUUAUUUCUGUCUCUAUGUGCUUUCAUCUAUAGAUGCAGCUGGUCACGAGAGGCCGGAAAUUUUCU